GUUAUUUAUUUCAAUGAGUGGCCAUUUUGCCGUAUUUCGCUAGACAAGUGACACUUUAAACAGACGAGAAUAUGUUAUUUUCCCACUUAUAAUCAAAUGACAGGUGUUUAACCGUUGAACAAAAGUUAGCAGACGUAUGCACACCAUGCGCAAAUCAAAUAUCCAGUGAAUUGUUAGUUUCAAGGGCAGAAAACUCGUACUCUGCCACCGGAACAUCACAGUCCUAUACAUAGCCUGACAUUUCCCUGAGUUUACUGUUAUAUUCAUAUCGUAUACAAUACGAUAUUUAUUUGUUGAUUACACUGAUAGAUUGUUAUUGUCAAGAUGUUCAGCCGGUUUGGUCACAAAAGUAAAGAUAAGGAUCAAAAGGACAAGAAGGAAAAAGAUGAAAAGAAAAAGGAGAAAAAAGAGAAGAAGGAGAAAGACAAAAAGGAUAAGCAAAGAGAACCAAUGACCCAGGAAGAAAUGUCCCGACUUGAUGAAGUUAAGAAGGGUAUAUUCAGACGUGUAAGUGAUCGUGAUAAGAAAAGAUCUAUUCGCAAGAGCUCACCCCAAGAGGAAGGUGUACCAAGAGACAGUAGUGAUAGCAGUAUAAGUUCUGGAGGUCCUAAAAGUCCAAGUGUGGAAGAUUUACCAAAACCACAAUCGGUUAGACCAGUUCCUGAGCCUAGAAAGUUUCCACCAACAACAGCACCUAAACCAAAAAGUAUUUUGAAAGCCAAAACAAGCAAUCCACAAUCUAUCACUGCUGACCCCCAGAAAUUACAGGAGAAUACACUCAGCAAUUGUCUGAAUGCUCAUAUUGUUGGGGAACAAAAUGGUGAAGUUAAGCAUUCUGUAAUUAACGGCACUGGUGAAUCUUCACCACAGCUUCCAACAUCACCACCUAAAUCUCCGCCAGAAACUUCCCAUGAGAAGUCUUUCAAUGCCAAAUUGAAGCUGCCCGAUAUUAUUCCUCCAAAGCCACCACGUAUCCGUGAACUUAUGUUACAGAGACAGCCAACAGGUGGGUUUGGAUUUAGUCUGAGGAAAGGGAUAAUAACAGAAAAGGGUGGUGGUUAUAGUGAGGAGACCAAACACUUUGUAAUAUUUGCUGAACCAGGUAGUGGUCCAAAGGCUCCACAAACUGGACUCAUUCCUGGUGAUCGCUUAGUAGAAGUGAAUGGGGUUAAUGUUCAGACCAUGACAAGGGAAGAAGUUGUGGAAAUCAUACAGAAGUCAGGUGAUAUUUUGUGUAUCAGUGUACAACCCAUACCAGAACUGAUAGAACUGAGUGUGAGGCCAGCAUCAGAUGGCGGUAAAAUAGAGAUCCAAGAUGACGUUGUUAAAGGUGGAACCCUCAAGAGAAGUGUUAGUCUACGAUAUCAGAAAGGGGCUCGUUCAGAAACUGAGGUCCAGACCGAAAAAGAAUGGAUGGAAUCAGAGAAAGUAUGGCUUGUCCACAAAGGUGGUUUUGCCUCGGCCUGUGUCCUCAAGGCCAAUGGAAUGUCUGUUUUACCAGAGGGCCGUCUCAGAAUCAAAUUAGAUCAUGCAGGAGAUACUUUAGAUGUGGAUGAGGAUGACGUAGAAAAGGCUAACCCUCCUCAGUAUGAUAGAGCAGAGGAUAUUGCUGCCCUACGUUUCCUCAAUGAGUCCAGUGCCUUACACAUCUUACGUCAGAGAUAUGGCGCCAACCUUGUCCAUACAUACUGUGGGCCGUCCUUGUCUGUUAUCAACCCCAUGCAUCCGAUAUCAAUUUACUCGGAGAAAGUGAUGCAGAUUUUCAAGGGAUGUAAACAGGAAGAUAUGCCACCCCACAUCUACGCUAUGGGACAGAUGACGUACAGAGAAAUGUUACAGUCCCGCUCAGAUCAGUCUGUUGUUUUCAUGGGUAGGAGUGGUAGUGGGAAAACAUCCAAUGCCAGACAUGUUAUGCAGUAUUUGAUCACAGCUGCUGGAAGUGUAGGAAAUAUAUUUACAGUUGAGAAAUUGACAGCAGUAAGCACAUUGAUGGAGGCCUUUGGUAACAGUAGAACUAUACUGAAUACUAAUGCUAGUCGGUAUGCACAACUGACCACUUUAGAUUUUGACCACUCAGGACAGAUAUCUUCUGCUUCAGUACAGGUUUUCAUGUUUGAGAAAUCCCGAGUAGUGAGAAGACCUGAAGGAGAACCUAGCUUCCAUGUUUUCUACCAAAUGUUGGCAGGUCUAGAUUCUGCAUUGAGGACUGAAUUACAGUUAAAUACUCUAAAUGAACCUAACAUGUUUAUGACUCCAUUACAGAGGACAGAAGAUAAACAGAAAGCUAUGAUGCAAUGGGGUAAAAUCUGUACUUCCAUGGAUCAAGUUGGCAUGACUGAAGAUGAAAAGAAAUCUAUAUGUCAUGUUCUAGCAGCUAUUUAUCACCUUGGUGUGGCUGGAGCUAUCAAAGGUCAAAACAACAAGCCCCAGUUUGCUAAGCCUGGUUCUGCACAGAAAGCAGCUUCAUUACUUGGUUUAUCAGCAGAAGAAUUACUACGGCAAAUAUUCUCUUCUUCUGGAUCAUCUACAUUGACACGAGGGGCCUCAACCAGGGGAAGUCCUGCCCACAAACAAGAAGAAGGACUUACGAACGCAAUAGAGGCUCUAGAAGGAUUUGUUAUAGGGCUAUACUCUGAUGUCUUUAAUGCUGUUGUCUCACUUAUUAACAGAUCAUUAUCCUCCAAUUAUCGUACAUCAACAUCCAUUUCGAUCCUAGAUACUCCAGGCUUCCAGAAUCCCUCAACGUGUGGCCGUCAAACAGGAGCGACGUUUGAAGAUUUGUGUCACAAUUAUUCACAAGAGAGAUUACAAUUGUUAUUCCAUGAUAUCACAUUUACUAUGCAACAAGACAAAUACAGUCAGGAAGGCAUAACAUGUGAUUUUGAAUUUGUAACAAGUAGUCCAGCUUCCAUGGUGUCAUUGAUAGAUAAACCAGCACAGCAAAACUUGACAACGGUACGACAGCCAGGAUUGACAAGACACACUCAUGUCAAUAAUCAUCAUCAUGAUGGCGAAGAGAUAAAGAACACAUCACAAGAGAUGAAGGACAGUGAGAGAAAAGGGUUGCUAUGGAUACUUGACGAAGAGAGUAUGUUUCCAGGGGCAACAGAGGACUCAUUUAUGGACAGAUUCUUUACACAUCAUGGAGAACAGAAAGUUAGAAGAGACAGUUUACUGAGGAAAGCAUCAACAUUAGGGAACACCUUUAUUCUGAACCAUUUCCAAGGAACCAACCCUGUACAGUAUAAUGCCAGUGGUUGGCUGAGGGGCUGUAGAGAUAACCCAAAUAUGAAAGUAGCCACUCAAGUCCUACAGGACUCUAAACGGCAAAAUAUAAAUGAGUUAUUUAACAGUGUAAAAGCUCCAGUGGCUGGGAUGGUGAGUGGAUCUAUAGUAGGAAUGGAAGGAUCAGCUUCAUUACGACGAGUUGGUAGUAUGAGACGCACAUUUAUGUCAGGAACGGCAGGACUUAAAAAACGUUCCAUGUGUUUACAAGUUAAAUUCCAAGUAGACUCAAUAAUUGAGACUGUGCGGAAAACUAAAUGUCAUUUUGUACAUUGUAUACUUCCUCAGCAUAAUGCAGGACUCUGGGAAUUGAAAACCCCGUCUGUACCUCAGGAUAAACCUGGAGCAACAGAAGAAGUACUUAUGAAUGUGACACUUGUCAGAUCUCAAAUUAGGGGCAGUGAACUCUUAGACUCAGUCAGGAUAUUUCGACAAGGCUUUCCUGAUAAUAUGGGUUUUGGAGAGUUUCGACAGAGAUUUGAAGGAUUACUUUCACCAAAUAAUAAACCAGCCAAAGAUUUACCAGAAAAACAAGCAAUAUUACAUAUACUGGAUAAUCUGGAUCUAGAUAAACUUAAUUACAGAGUGGGACUAAGUCAGGUAUUUUUCCGAGCUGGUGCUCUGAGCCAGUUAGAAGCAGCUAGAGAUGAAAAAAUUACGGGAACAAUUGUAGCAUUCCAAGCUUGUUGUCGAGGAACCUUAGGCAGGAAGAAGCUAAAAGAAUUACGGGUUAAACAUAUAGCGAUCAGCUGUAUACAGAAGAAUGUAAAGAAAUUUAUGUUGAUAAGAGAUUGGUCAUGGUGGAGAUUAUUUACCAAAGUACAACCAAUGUUAAAUGUUCAUAGAACAGAGGAACAACUCCAAGAAAGGGAGAUUGAAGUAGAACAUUUGAAGAGCAAAUUAGAAAAGAUUGAAAGAGAAAGAAAUGAAUACAAACAACUGUAUGAAAAGACAGAUAGCAGAAUGUCAGAAGUCCAGGCUGACCUGAUAGAAGAGCAUUCAACAGCUACACAUGCUUCAGAAAUGUUGGAAUCAGAAACAGCUGAGAGAAUGCAGCUUAGUAAAGAACACAAAGAUUUACAGGGAAAAUAUAAUGCGUUGAAGAGACAAGCUGAGAAGAUUGAGAUGGAGUUAACACAGGUACAUCUGUGGCAGGCUGAAGCUUUAGAUUUUAAUGAUGAGGAUGCAGAUGGAAAUGAUUCUGUAUACAAGGAAAGAUAUGAGAGAGUUGUAAGAGAACUUGAUAUAACCAAGAAACGUCUCCAGAAACAACAUGAGGAGGAGUUAGAAACAGAACAACACUCUAAAAAAGCUGUAGAGAAAAGGCUCCAUGAUGCUAUUGAAGAUGGAGAAGAUCAGAGGAGAUUGUUGGCUGCCUCUAAAAAGAAGGCCUCACGACUGGCAGCAGAGAUGCAGGAUACAAAACUACAUCUUGAGGAACAGAUGACAAGGAACAAUGAACUGGAGAGGAAACAGAGGAGGUUUGACUCUGAAUUGUCCAAGAUUCAGGAGGAAGUGAAGAGUGAAAAAAGUAUGAGAGAAAGAUUACAAAGGGAGAAAGAUGAAUUCAUGUCAAAGAACUUUACAUUAGAUCAAGAGCUCACAAGAUUGAAAGGAGAUUUAGAAUCUAUAACAGAAAAGGCUGACCGAUUAGAUAGAGAGAUGAUUGACGUCACACUAGCAGGCUCUAUGUCAGGUGGUAAUGAAGUUAUGUCCCUUAAGAAAGCCAAGAACGAUUUGGAUGCCAAGUGCAAAGACCAGGAAGAAGAAUUGGAUGAACAAGCAGGACAGAUACAACAGUUAGAACAGACUAAGAUUCGACUAGAAAUGAAUUACGAAAGAACAAGACAACAACAUCAGAAGGAAUUAGAGGAGAAAGAGGAAGAGAUGGAAGAAAUGAGAUAUUCUACUCAGAAAAAGGUAAAACAUUACGAAAGUCAAUUGGAAGAGGAAUAUGAUGAAAAGAAGAAAUUAAUGCAAGAGAAGAAAGAACUAGAGAGACAAAUCCAGGAGCUAGGAGCAGUAACCAACAAUAGAGAUAGAGAAAGUGAAAAGAGAAUAAGAAGAGAUCUAAGGAAAACCAAAGCUUUACUAAAGGAUGCUGAGAUAGUGAUACAGAAACAAACAGGAGCAGAAGGAAUGAAAGCUACAAUACGACAACUUAGAAAUACUUUAGAUGACAAAGAAUUUGCUUGUUCUGCUGCUGUUAAAGCCAAGAAAUCAAUGGAACUAGAGAUAGAAGACCUUCAACAACAACUGGACGACAUCUCUAAAGCUAAAACAGAGGCUGAGAGUAAGAGUUUAGGAUUAAUGAGAGAGAAGGCAGAACUACAGAGUCUAGUAGAGGAGAACGAAGAAGACUUAAAUGAUGUGAUGAGGAAAUAUAAAGCUGUAGUACAACAGCAAUCUGUAGACCAGAUUACCAUGGCAGAUAAUCUUAAACAGAUAGAGGAACUUACAAAUGAGAAAGAUAAAUACAGAUCAGAGGUUGAUCUUUUACAAACCAGAUUAAAAGACUUAGAAGAAAAUUAUAUUGAAAAGACAGUGAAAUUACGAUUAGAGGGUAGAAUUAGGGAGUUAGAAAAUAAACUUGAAUUAGAAACAACCUCUAAACAUCGUAUAGAGGUAACCCUUAACAGAAUAAAAGAACAAGUAGACAAAUUAAGUGAAGAAAGGGAUUCUAUGAAAUUUUCUAAAACUCAAGCUGAAGAAAAUCUUAAACGUUCACAGAGACAGUUACGUGAACUGAGAGAGGAAUUCUCAGAUGUACAAAAGAAAGAAUUAGAAUGUAGUCAUAAAAAUACAGAAUUAGAAAAUAAAAUAGUAGAAUUAGAAACAGAUUACCAACAAAAUCAUUCAGACCUCAAGUUAGCGUUUAAACGUAUUUCUGAUCUCCAGGCAGCAUUACAAGAAGAUAUAGAUAGUGACGAUAGUCUAUUAUCUGACAGUGAUGCUGACUCAGAUGAUGGAUUAGAUUUGACCGAUCUCCACUUAACUCCACAGAAAUCCUAUCAAUCACCACGAACAACGUCAUUAUCGUCCACAAGUUCACAUGAAGUCACUAGUCCUCGCUUAUCUAAUUUAGAAGAAUCUAUAUUUGGGAUAUAUGUUUGAUAAAUUCCAGGUUUUGCUUGACACAAAUGGACUUUCGUUAUUAAUCAAAACAAUGGGCAAUGUGCAAAAUAAAGUAUAUCCAAGUGGACCGGCCUAGCUGACAGAACAAAGAAGAUGACCGUGUCUAGAUGAUUGAAGGGAAUUUUUUGUCCGUCUUACUUGGAAUUCUCCUGCCACAAAUGGUGCUCCUCUUAACAUUGUUAUUAAAAUAAAUUUAGAUAGACCAAGACAUAUGUGAUUACGGAGGUAGAGGUCAAGAGGUUAAAAUGGACAUACAGACACAUUAUUGUUAUUAGGGAUCUUUCCAUAUGCAUGUAUAUGUAGUUGGGGAUACGACAUCGAUUGUAGAUGUAUCUAUUUUUAGAUUAUGGAUUCAUACCAAUGGGAUUAAAUUUUUCAUACCGACCUUGCAAGGGCUGUUUAACCAGUCAAGGUCGUUUAAAACUUCCAUCAUCAUUUUUCACCUGUUUUGUAUAGACACUGUGUAUUAUGCAUACCUUAGCUUUAUUCUCAAAGAAAUUACAUGUGUUUAUAUGAUUGGUUACUCAUGAAUAGUGCAAAUUAUUAUAUCUUAGAAAAUUUUAGCAAAUGUUAUACAUUAAGUGAUCAUGUUUGUUUGAUUAAAAAAAAAUGUAAAUAAAACCUUAUAAAUUACAAAAUUAACUGAAUUUAGGGAUGUAGGUCCUAAACGUAUAUGAAAAUGAAAAAUGAUUUUAAAUUGUGAUGUGAUAAGCACCUUCUGCAAUAGAUUUUAACAACUAAUGACAUGUACACCAAACACUCAUUUUGAUUUCUAGGGGUUAUUUUGUUAAUCUGAUGGCAGUAUUCAUCAAAACAGAAUUAUAAAAUAAAGACUUUUUUCAUCUUUUUUGAAUCAUGGAAAUAAUUGACCAAUAUUAAUCAAUUCAUUAAGUAUUAUGUGAAGUGUAAUGUACCAGCGACUAAUUUCACAAAAAAUCUUACCAUAGAAAUUACUUGUAGUUGUAAAUCAUGAACAAUUCUGUAUAACUUAUAGUCGCCGUCAGCUGAAAUUCGUAGCGGUUA